CCUUUUUCUCCUUAGUGAUUAGUCUUGUCUGUGGUGUUGGCUUUUGAUGUCUGGAGCCCGCCAUUAACAGUAUUUUGUCACCGAGUGCUUACAUUGUACUUUUUAAAUUUGUUUUACAUUUUUUGACAGCAAUUAAAUAUCCAGACCAUGGGGAAAAGGGAGGAAGACGAGAUCAUAAGAAUCGCUAAAAAGAUGGACAAAAUGGCUCAGAAAAAAAAUGGGUCUGAAGCCUUGGAUCUGCUGAAGGAGUUGAAGAACAUACCAAUGACGCUGGAAUUGUUACAGUCUACAAGGAUAGGAAUGUCAGUGAAUGCCAUUCGCAAGCAAAGCACAGAUGAGGAGGUUACAUCGCUGGCAAAGUCACUCAUCAAAUCUUGGAAGAAACUAUUAGAUGAACCAGGAGGUGCAGAAAAGCCACCAGAAGAGAAGAAGGCGCCUGCAUCAUUACCAGUCCCUGCACCUGCUUCAUCAUCUUCACUGAACAGUCCUGAACCAAGAGAAGAAAGCUCAAGCAGUAACUCUAGCAGUAAAGACGAAGCUGGUGAUGUUCCUGUAAAUUCUCUGAUUACAACUUUCCCUCGAGCCCCAAGCACAUCUGACUCUGUGAGGAUUAAGUGCAGGGAAAUGUUAUCCAGUGCUCUACAAGCAGGGGAUGACUAUAUUGCUAUUGGUGCUGAUUGUGAUGAACUUGGAGCCCAAAUUGAGGACUGUAUCUUUCAGGAAUUCAAAAAUAUUGACAUGAAGUACAAAAACAGGGUUCGGAGUAGGAUCGCAAAUUUGAAGGAUAUUAAAAACCCAAAUCUUAGAAGGAAUGUCCUUUGUGGAAAUGUUGCUCCAGACAGAAUGGCCAGGAUGACGGCAGAGGAUAUGGCCAGCGAUGAACUUAAGGAGAUGAGAAAAAACCUGACCAAAGAAGCAAUCCGAAAGCAUCAGCUGGCAAAGACAGGAGGCACCCCGUCUGACAUGUUCUGUUGUGGGAAAUGCAAGAAGAGGAAUUGUACAUAUACACAGGUUCAGACCCGUAGCUCUGAUGAACCUAUGACCACAUUUGUUUUCUGUAUUGAAUGUGGAAAUAGGUGGAAGUUCUGUUGAAGAGUGGAACAUUGUCCCUAUGGGCAAAGAGACAGACUAAUACAGCUGGAGCAGGACUUCAUGAACACUCAUUUUAUGCCUGUGUUGGUCACGCUAUAUUUUAAAGGUGUUUUUUUGUUGUUGUUUAUAACUGUUAACAAACAGCUAAUAAACAUGUUAAUGUACAUUAUUUA